GAGGAUAUGGAAAAUGUAACCUUGCUGACAGAGUUUGUUCUCACAGGACUUACCUACCAACCACAAUGGAAAAUCCCCCUGUUCCUGGUGUUCUUGCUGAUAUAUCUCCUCACCAUUGUGGGGAACCUAGGUCUGAUUGCACUCAUCUGGAAUGACCCUCACCUCCACAUCCCCAUGUAUUUAUUUCUGGGGAGUUUGGCUUUUAUUGACGCAUGGUUAUCAACCACAGUAGUUCCAAAGAUGUUGGUCAAUUUCUUUGCCAAGAGCAAGAUGACAUCUCUCUAUGAAUGCAUGACACAAUGCUUUUCCUUUGUAACAAGUGCAACCACAGAAUGUUUUCUCUUGGCGUCAAUGGCUUAUGAUCGUUUUGUAGCUAUAUGCAAACCUUUACUUUAUCCAGUGAUUAUGACGAAUAGAUUAUGCCUCCGGCUCUUAGUCUUGUCAUUUAUGGGUGGUUUUGUUCAUGCCUUAAUUCAUGAAGGAUUUUUAUUUCGAUUAACUUUCUGUCAUUCCAAUGUAAUACAUCACUUUUACUGUGAUGUUAUACCUUUGUUUAAGAUUUCCUGUACUGAUCCUUCUAUUAAUUUUCUAAUAGUUUUUAUUUUCUCUGGUUCAAUUCAGCUAUUCACCAUUGUGACUGUUCUUGUCUCUUAUACAUUCAUUCUCUUUACAAUCUUAAAAAAGAAGUCUGAAAAAGGCAUGAGGAAGGCGUUCUCCACCUGUGGAGCCCAUCUUUUGUCUGUCUCUUUAUACUAUGGCCCUCUUCUCUUCAUGUACGUGCACCCUGCUUCUCCACAAGCAGAUGGCCAAGAUAUGAUAGACUCUCUAUUUUACACUGUAAUAAUUCCUGUGUUAAAUCCAAUUAUCUAUAGUUUGAGAAAUAAGCAAGUUAUAGACUCACUGACAAAAGUGUUAAAAGGAAAUGUUUAG